AUAGCUGCCAUAACUAACGCAUCUUUGGGCGUGCUUUUUGCCGCUAAAGGUACUUCACUUGCUUCGUUGUCUGUCUUGUCCGCCAUUUUGUUUUAAUGUAAUGGAAGAGUCCGCUGAAUUUUCACUAUAUACAAUCCCACAAUCCAUUGCAAUACCACCAAAGAAAAUGGCGUCCGCUUUUCCUCGAGAAAGAAGUACAAAAGAUGUUAUAAAUACAAUACUAGAUGACUAUGAAAAAUUGACAAAGUAAGUAGUUAUUAAUAGCAUUUAUUAAGCUAACUAUAGAAUACAUGUUUAUUUACCCGGGUGUGAGGGUUAGUCAUGUAACAGCCGAAAAUUAUAAGGUAGGGUAAUCUAUAACUUUUUCCCUUUAGAUUUGUUUUGUUUGUAUUUCACUGACUGCGUAUUCAAAACUUUCGUAGGGAACAUAAUUUCACAUGCCAGUACAUACAUACUAUACAACUCAAGGUUGUAUUUGACCGUCCAGCCGAGUGGACGUGCAAAAUAACUCUGUUAUUGACAGUGGCUGACUUAUUUACUAGUUCUUAAGGUAUCAUCAAAGUUGUACAAGCUUUUGAAACGUCAGUUACAGUCUCUAACAGUAUUCAGUAUUCGCGCAACUGCAUUCAUAUGGUCUUCUUGAAAGUUAUUAUGUAGAAUUCUGCAGCCAUGUUAAGUUCUUGGAGAAUAGCUCUGUCUUUGCAUCUCUAAACUCAGUCGUUCUCAGGUUAAAUUGAAAAACAAGUCCCCCAAAAAUCUGUCAGCUGUCUGUUGGAGUUCACCGACAGAUGACCAACAGCUCUCUGACAAACAGCUGACAGAUUAGAACUAACCCUGGUUUAUCAAAGAAAACAGAUGAGAUACUGAAACUAUCUCUUUUACCUCCGAGCCAAAAAAGGGUUAGGCAAAUGGUCGGGCAGAAUGCUCUAACAAAAAUCCUUUUUGUAGCAAAGCUAACCUCUGUUCAGCAAAUUAAGCCUCAGAGAUAACAACACUGUAAUAUUUUUGUGGGUUUUUGGGGUAGUCUCUAGCAUGAAUGUGUGUUAUCCUCAUAGAGUAAUUUAACUCAGGAGUUUGUUCUAAGAAAUCUGAGGGCUUUUCCUGGAGACCUUUUCUGACUUUUCUGAUCUUUCCUGGAGUCUCAAGCUAAAUUUCUCAAGGUCUAAAUUACACUUCCCAGAUCUGGAAGUGUGCUAUGGUUGGUCUACUUUUUUAAACCCUCAUUUCAGCAGAUGUUUGUUGGGAAGGAUUUGUGUGACAAGCCAAAAGAACGUCUACAUGGAAGGCUACAGUUCUCACACCUUUGAUUGUUUUAACCUACAAUUCAUAAUGAACCUGAGCCCCAUGUUCAGAGUAUUUACUGAUAAUAUAUUACCAUAGUAACUGUGAGAAUUUCCGUUUUUAGAGAAUUAUUUGAGAGUCUAUCAGCAGCUUCUCUUUACCGAACAUCAAAACAAGAUGCUAGUUCUGGGGAUACGACAAAGGUAGCUGAAUUCUGUGCCAUUUUGUUUUCUAAUUGACUUGUUACUCAUUACAGAAACACACCCAUUGAUAAUUUGCGCCUCUGAAAAGUGGGGUACCCAUUAGGCUUUGCGAACAAAAACAAGGUUUCAAAGGCUACCUUCAUUUUCAGUUUCUUUUGAACUUUAUAGCGAUUAACAAUAAUUUCUUACACUUUCCAGAAACAAUGUAAAAACAAUACGAGUAGGUUACCAUUGUUUUAAGUGUUGAAGUGUCAUUGUCAUGGCUACAGAAAAGAAAAUAUUUAUGCAAAAAGAAGCAUUUUCUUUCACGUGCACUAAAACUUAAAUUGUCCUGAAUUCGGUAGUCUCAUUCAAGUCAACUCGAUGGCAAAAACCAAAACUCUUCUUCACAAAAUUUAGUCAAUGAGUAAUAGCCAAAUGUUGCGGGUGUCCGAGCAAGAACAAUAACCAGAAAAACGACAUACACAGCAGAUUUCUUGAUUGACACUCUCUCAAUGUCACUUUUCUUUUAUUUGUAUGACAAUUAUCAAUGCACAAUAUGUUGCUGUAAUGUCCCAAACCUCUUUUAAAUGAUUCCACAAGUUUUAAUUUAAUUUAAGGCCGUUGAUCAGCUCAUUGCAAAGGACAGGGAACUACAAUUGGCUGUCAAACAAGUGCAAGAACAACAGGCAAGACAGAAGGAAAUCCAAACAGUUAAAGAAGACAUUUCCAAGAAAGAUCAAGAGAUUCUUAAUCUAGAAUCUCAACUUAAGGAAGCAGAAAAGAUUCUAGUGAGUAUGUAAAAAAGUAACACAUCUUGAAAUAACGACUUUUUGAUGGGUUUGUUUUGAAAAGCUAACCCAGGGCUAUCAUUAGCAGCUGUCAACUGGUCCUUAUAAUCAGCUGCUACAGUAAAAAUGGCUUAGUAUUCCAAGGGCCUGUCCUCACUAAUGCAUUUUCAAAAGUAUGCAUUUUCGUUGUCAUUGAAAAUGCAUCAAUGGAUUUAUGUCCACCCUACCGUUUUGAUAUGUUUUCGUCUGUCCACUAAAAUGUUCAAAAACAGUAGAAUUGUAUGUUGUGACAUAAGUUGAACUCCAUGCGCAUGCUGCAAACACACACCUGCGAUAUUUUCUUUCAUUGCUUUCAUUUUGAUGCGUUUUCAACCUUUUUUGACCAUCCACACUAAUACAAUGUAUUUUGAUCCAUUUUCAAGAGGUUUUUCAAAUGGAUGGGUUUCUGAUGAAAAUGCCCUGCAUAUUAGAAUUGCAUGUAUUUUCAAAUGAAAACACAUAAGUGUGAAUGGGGUCUAAGUUUGAAAAUGAGUAAAAUGCCACUGUUCAUUAAUUUUUGACUGGCUACAUCCCCGUAAUGAAGGCCAUGCUAAGCCCUUUUCAUUUACUUAAAAAGCAAAACAAAGAAUACCCAUAUAGCACAUUCCCUUUCAUUGGGAAGGUUCUAAGCACUGUCAAUAGAGAGCUUAAUCAACAAUGACAGCAACAGCUAUGAAAGCAUCACUUAAAAAGUGAAUUUGCACCACUUCAAACUUUAUCCCGCUCAUUCCAGCUCAUUCAUUUCGUCAAAUGUUGGCAAAUUUUUCUGGACUGUAUCAAAGUUCAGGAAAAGAAAAUAAAAGUCGUUGUCUUAUUGUGUUCACGUCCUCGACAAAACAUGAAGUUAGGCACUUUCAUGUUGUAGUCAUGCAGCGAUGGCAAAGAAGUGCACAAAAAAACAUUGAUGCACUUGCAAAAUUGUCGUUUUUGCCAAUCUAAACCCAUUGCUCUUUUGCAAUUCUUGUUGCUGCCACCAUCGUCUUUGCUUACGCUCCCUAAUAUUUUAUUUCUGGUACUUAAUUAACAAAUUACUGUUUCCCGAUGAUCUUCUAGUCCCAAGCGUUGUUUCAAGCAAAGAAAAAGUUAUCUGCCAUAAACCAGGCUAAUAAAGGUGAGGAAUGAACAUUUUUAAGUUUGUUUAUUAUUAAUAUAAACCUCUUUACUCCAGAAACAGGUUAAAGACAAAAUAGGGCAAAAUUUCAAAAUUUCAAUUUGGAAAGUCCUGGAAAACAAAUGGUACUAAAUAAAAAUACUGCUUAAGAGAAUUUAUUUCAAUGGUAAAUAUCAAAUAAAUUUCGUUCGCUGAAUCAAAAGUUAUAACUAUCUUAUAAGUAAUAUAUCAAAUAUGAGAUGCAGUGUUUCAUCACCAGAUGAAACACCGAGAAGAGAGUUGAAAAUACGAAGCACCGCGGAGUAUUUUUGACGAACUUCGAGGUGUUUCAUCUGGUGAUGAAACACUGUGUCGAAUGUUUGAUAUUUCUUCUCAAACAAAAUCAUUUUUGAAGGAGAAAUUAAGGAUGCAAAAAUGAGCAGUUUUUCAUCUGAUAUCCAAACACUCAUUAAACAUUAAUUUCCUUUGAAUUUUCUUUAUGAAUUAUUAAUGAGUUUGAGAAGAUCCCAUCAAUCACUCUGUUACUGAAAGGGUUUAAUUUUGCAGAGGUGUGGGUGUCCUUGACAAGGAAAGGAAAGCAUUGCAGAAUCUAUACACUAAUUUUGUAAAUGCAAAAUGUUUUUCUUUUAACAGGAAUAGUUUCUUCUGAAGAGCUCAUCAAGUAUGCUCAUCGAAUAAGUAGUAGCAAUGCUGUAGAAGCACCAGUGUCAUGGAUGCCAGGUCAGUUAUUUAAAAUCUCCCAAGCUGCCUUUUGUUAUUUCUUAUUACACUCCUAGGGAGGACUUGGAACAGCAAAACCUUUGACUUUGCCUAAAAAUAUGAAAUCCUAAAGUUUAUUUUGUGACAGUUAAGUGAAUGAUGCGGUAAAGAAGUGCUGCUAAGAGGUUUCAUUGUAGUGGUCACACCAUUGGAUUUCAUCCACAGACUUACAUUAAUUUUGUAGACUUGAGAACUCAUUCUAAAUAAACACUAUGAUGUGAGGGUACUUCCGAAAAAGUCUUGUUUAAAUCGUAACACCAUAGGCUUUAAUCCACAGACUCAAAAGUUAGGACAAGAUAGUCUAAAUAAGUAGUAUAGUAUAAAUUAACGUACUGCCAAAAAAGUUUCAUUUGAAUGGUAACACCACAGGAUAUCAUCCAUAGACUCAAACGUUAGAACUACUGUACAUACUAAAUAAAUAGUACCCUGUGAAAGCACGUACUAAAAGCUUGUACCAUGUGUUCUGUGUGGUCACACUUUAGGAUUUCAGCCACAGACUAAAAUGCAGGCUAACUCAAAUAUUAAAACUAUCUCCUUGAAUGAAAAUUUUGCUAGUACUCUGUAGUUAUUUAUUAAACCACUUAUUGUGUUCAUGUAGGAGACCCUCGGAGACCAUAUCCUCAAGAUAUUGAGAUGCGAUCAGGCUUGCUUGGCAGACUUGGGGAAGAUGUUGCUAUGGAAACUGAACAACCCAUGGGAGAUUCAAGUCUCCAAGAAUUUAUGCAGCCUUCCUCAUCUACCUCAAAUUCACAACCAGCAAAUGCUCUUGGUAAGAUAUAUACAGACAAAUUACAGUGUAAUGUGUCCUUUUUUGCCCUUUUACUACAGUGGACCCAGCCUUAUACAGGGUUUUCAAUAAGAUUUUCAGUAGGUGGCAAAAUAAUGCUUUGGAGAGGGUGUAGAAGGAAAAAACUUGUGGCAAAGGUGCAACUUGCGAGUGCUGAAGGCGCAAGUUUGGAAAAAUUUUGAAAUCUGGGCUUCUUAAAAUGCAUUUCCAGCAUUCUCGAGCAGAAAUUAGACUGUUUGAACAGAACACAGACAUCAUUAAAUUUUGGCUUUUUUAUUCAGUGACAGAACAUGAAUACUUUAUAAACUGGGGUGAUUUCCAAAGAAAAGUAGGUGGUGAGUUCACGUGAAAUAGCCAGCAAAUUUCGCCAGCCACUAGCUCUUAUUGAGAACCCUGCUAUAUCCAACCAUUCAUUUAACCACUCUAUUCUUAUGAACAUAUUUUUUCUCAAACUUGUUCCUUGUGAAGCUGAAGUUGAGGACAAAAUUAGUUGAGACACUUUGCCCUAAAUAGGGAACUACAAUUGGCUGUCAAACAAGUGCAAGAACAACAGGCAAGACAGAAGGAAAUCCAAACAGUUAAAGAAGACAUUUCCAAGAAAGAUCAAGAGAUUCUUAAUCUAGAAUCUCAACUUAAGGAAGCAGAAAAGAUUCUAGUGAGUAUGUAAAAAAGUAACACAUCUUGAAAUAACGACUUUUUGAUGGGUUUGUUUUGAAAAGCUAACCCAGGGCUAUCAUUAGCAGCUGUCAACUGGUCCUUAUAAUCAGCUGCUACAGUAAAAAUGGCUUAGUAUUCCAAGGGCCUGUCCUCACUAAUGCAUUUUCAAAAGUAUGCAUUUUCGUUGUCAUUGAAAAUGCAUCAAUGGAUUUAUGUCCACCCUACCGUUUUGAUAUGUUUUCGUCUGUCCACUAAAAUGUUCAAAAACAGUAGAAUUGUAUGUUGUGACAUAAGUUGAACUCCAUGCGCAUGCUGCAAACACACACCUGCGAUAUUUUCUUUCAUUGCUUUCAUUUUGAUGCGUUUUCAACCUUUUUUGACCAUCCACACUAAUACAAUGUAUUUUGAUCCAUUUUCAAGAGGUUUUUCAAAUGGAUGGGUUUCUGAUGAAAAUGCCCUGCAUAUUAGAAUUGCAUGUAUUUUCAAAUGAAAACACAUAAGUGUGAAUGGGGUCUAAGUUUGAAAAUGAGUAAAAUGCCACUGUUCAUUAAUUUUUGACUGGCUACAUCCCCGUAAUGAAGGCCAUGCUAAGCCCUUUUCAUUUACUUAAAAAGCAAAACAAAGAAUACCCAUAUAGCACAUUCCCUUUCAUUGGGAAGGUUCUAAGCACUGUCAAUAGAGAGCUUAAUCAACAAUGACAGCAACAGCUAUGAAAGCAUCACUUAAAAAGUGAAUUUGCACCACUUCAAACUUUAUCCCGCUCAUUCCAGCUCAUUCAUUUCGUCAAAUGUUGGCAAAUUUUUCUGGACUGUAUCAAAGUUCAGGAAAAGAAAAUAAAAGUCGUUGUCUUAUUGUGUUCACGUCCUCGACAAAACAUGAAGUUAGGCACUUUCAUGUUGUAGUCAUGCAGCGAUGGCAAAGAAGUGCACAAAAAAACAUUGAUGCACUUGCAAAAUUGUCGUUUUUGCCAAUCUAAACCCAUUGCUCUUUUGCAAUUCUUGUUGCUGCCACCAUCGUCUUUGCUUACGCUCCCUAAUAUUUUAUUUCUGGUACUUAAUUAACAAAUUACUGUUUCCCGAUGAUCUUCUAGUCCCAAGCGUUGUUUCAAGCAAAGAAAAAGUUAUCUGCCAUAAACCAGGCUAAUAAAGGUGAGGAAUGAACAUUUUUAAGUUUGUUUAUUAUUAAUAUAAACCUCUUUACUCCAGAAACAGGUUAAAGACAAAAUAGGGCAAAAUUUCAAAAUUUCAAUUUGGAAAGUCCUGGAAAACAAAUGGUACUAAAUAAAAAUACUGCUUAAGAGAAUUUAUUUCAAUGGUAAAUAUCAAAUAAAUUUCGUUCGCUGAAUCAAAAGUUAUAACUAUCUUAUAAGUAAUAUAUCAAAUAUGAGAUGCAGUGUUUCAUCACCAGAUGAAACACCGAGAAGAGAGUUGAAAAUACGAAGCACCGCGGAGUAUUUUUGACGAACUUCGAGGUGUUUCAUCUGGUGAUGAAACACUGUGUCGAAUGUUUGAUAUUUCUUCUCAAACAAAAUCAUUUUUGAAGGAGAAAUUAAGGAUGCAAAAAUGAGCAGUUUUUCAUCUGAUAUCCAAACACUCAUUAAACAUUAAUUUCCUUUGAAUUUUCUUUAUGAAUUAUUAAUGAGUUUGAGAAGAUCCCAUCAAUCACUCUGUUACUGAAAGGGUUUAAUUUUGCAGAGGUGUGGGUGUCCUUGACAAGGAAAGGAAAGCAUUGCAGAAUCUAUACACUAAUUUUGUAAAUGCAAAAUGUUUUUCUUUUAACAGGAAUAGUUUCUUCUGAAGAGCUCAUCAAGUAUGCUCAUCGAAUAAGUAGUAGCAAUGCUGUAGAAGCACCAGUGUCAUGGAUGCCAGGUCAGUUAUUUAAAAUCUCCCAAGCUGCCUUUUGUUAUUUCUUAUUACACUCCUAGGGAGGACUUGGAACAGCAAAACCUUUGACUUUGCCUAAAAAUAUGAAAUCCUAAAGUUUAUUUUGUGACAGUUAAGUGAAUGAUGCGGUAAAGAAGUGCUGCUAAGAGGUUUCAUUGUAGUGGUCACACCAUUGGAUUUCAUCCACAGACUUACAUUAAUUUUGUAGACUUGAGAACUCAUUCUAAAUAAACACUAUGAUGUGAGGGUACUUCCGAAAAAGUCUUGUUUAAAUCGUAACACCAUAGGCUUUAAUCCACAGACUCAAAAGUUAGGACAAGAUAGUCUAAAUAAGUAGUAUAGUAUAAAUUAACGUACUGCCAAAAAAGUUUCAUUUGAAUGGUAACACCACAGGAUAUCAUCCAUAGACUCAAACGUUAGAACUACUGUACAUACUAAAUAAAUAGUACCCUGUGAAAGCACGUACUAAAAGCUUGUACCAUGUGUUCUGUGUGGUCACACUUUAGGAUUUCAGCCACAGACUAAAAUGCAGGCUAACUCAAAUAUUAAAACUAUCUCCUUGAAUGAAAAUUUUGCUAGUACUCUGUAGUUAUUUAUUAAACCACUUAUUGUGUUCAUGUAGGAGACCCUCGGAGACCAUAUCCUCAAGAUAUUGAGAUGCGAUCAGGCUUGCUUGGCAGACUUGGGGAAGAUGUUGCUAUGGAAACUGAACAACCCAUGGGAGAUUCAAAUCUCCAAGAAUUUAUGCAGCCUUCCUCAUCUACCUCAAAUUCACAACCAGCAAAUGCUCUUGGUAAGAUAUAUACAGACAAAUUACAGUGUAAUGUGUCCUUUUUUGCCCUUUUACUACAGUGGACCCAGCCUUAUACAGGGUUUUCAAUAAGAUUUUCAGUAGGUGGCAAAAUAAUGCUUUGGAGAGGGUGUAGAAGGAAAAAACUUGUGGCAAAGGUGCAACUUGCGAGUGCUGAAGGCGCAAGUUUGGAAAAAUUUUGAAAUCUGGGCUUCUUAAAAUGCAUUUCCAGCAUUCUGGAGCAGAAAUUAGACUGUUUGAACAGAACACAGACAUCAUUAAAUUUUGGCUUUUUUAUUCAGUGACAGAACAUGAAUACUUUAUAAACUGGGGUGAUUUCCAAAGAAAAGUAGGUGGUGAGUUCACGUGAAAUAGCCAGCAAAUUUCGCCAGCCACUAGCUCUUAUUGAGAACCCUGCUAUAUCCAACCAUUCAUUUAACCACUCUAUUCUUAUGAACAUAUUUUUUCUCAAACUUGUUCCUUGUGAAGCUGAAGUUGAGGACAAAAUUAGUUGAGACACUUUGCCCUAAAAUGGGCAUUGAACUGACAUUUGUCACAUUUGUCAAACUUAAAAAGUGGAAAGAAAAGCUUUUCCUCCCCCCACCCCCUCCAUGCAAUGUUGUGUUGCUGUUCAAGCUACCUGUAGAAAAUAACAAACACCCCAACUUUGAAUACAAGGGAGUGGAGGGGUGUGGAUUGUUUUGUUCUCAAAGUUACCCCAUGAGAGGAUAGUGUCUCAACAAUUUUGUCACCCAUGGUGAGUUUAUAAGUUUGUCAGAAGUCACAUAGUACUUGGAUUACUUUAGCAUGGUGGGAUCUCACAUUCCCUUUACAUAUCACGAUGGUUUCCUGCAGUUGCUUAGUAACACAACUGCAACAAACAAAUCAACAUGCCAAUACUUUGGAUUUUGUAAGAGUGUGUAUAAAAUGCGAGCCAGCGAGUCAUGCGUGCCAUGCAGUCCAUUGAAGAAUCAUUGAAAAAAAAAACCAUAAAAAUCGAAAAUAGUAAUACGGAAAACAUUAACUGAACGCUAACCGUUGUAAAUAAGUGUUUAACCCUAAACAGCGCUUAACCCUAGCCCUAAAAUGAGUGCUUAACCCUAAUCCGUAAAAUGAAAGCUUAACCCUAAUCAGUACAAUGAGUGCUCAACUCCUCAUCUGUAAAUUUGCAGUUUUUACUUGUGUUCCCUUUUUUUUUACCGAUGCCUCGCGUGACUCGCAUGGCUCGCUGGCUCGCAGUUUGUCAAGACCUAUUUUGUAAUGUACCACAAGGAACAAAACCUUGCCUAAAGCUGUAGUGCGCGGCGUGCAAACAACGUUUUGGACGGUUUUGGCUCUUUUGAGAAAAAAGCAAUGCUCCGGUAACUUAAUUUGUGCCUUUAGUGGUUUCUAAAAAAAUGAUGUGAUUAUCGGACUUUUUAUUUUCAAAAAGGACGGGCAAAUGGUCAAGCUUCUUCCUUCUCCUGGCAGAGCAAUUUUUCUGGAGGAUCCACAUCAUUCCAGGUAGAAUAUAAUAAUUGUAAUUAUUAGACUCGGCCUGCUCGUAGGCGUUUAUUCCUAGACUAGAAUAUUUUGAUUUUUCACUCUCACCAAAUUUCAUCUACCUGCUCGUAUAAAGGUUCAGAAUAAAGGUAAUAACCUUCACGAUUUUCAAGAAGUUACGCCAAACCUGUUUACUCACACUAGCCUGCGUGGCAGGUGUUCGAAGGGGAAAGAGGAUUUUGGGCGCGCGAGUAGGGCGCCCCUCGCGUUUCUCUCGCCAAAAAUCCCCUUUCCCUUCCUCUUCGAAAGCCUGGCACGCAGUCUAUACUCAAACUGGCAACUUACUUUGCAAAAAUGGCUUCUACAAUUUGUUGAUUUUAGCAAAUUUGGGGCUUCUUAUCUUACUGUACCUAAGAAGUAAAAUUAAAAAAUAUUUUAUAUUUUUAUUUUUUCAUAAUCAUUCGUUUAUUUUUUUUUAGCACGAUUCCUCCUCCGGCUUCGAUUUUAUAGCCAAUAACCUGACAAAGGAAGUAACAAAUGGCAGCCAAGAUCAGGGUGUCGACGAAGUGGAAAUCAUGUCAUCAUCGUCAUCAUCGUCGUCUAGCGAUAGUCCAAAAAAAAAAAAAACGAAUUACUUGUUUCUUAAUUUUAACCUGUUAGUUCCUUUAGAGCCUGUAAACAAUAAUAAGCUUUGA